AUGUCGAACUACUCCCAAACAAGGUCCCAAGCGUUGCAAUUGGAGAACAAGACAGAGUCGCUACUGUCUCAAUAUGCGUCUUUUGGCCAAUCAUCGUCUAGUUCUGCCACAGGCGAAGAAUUGUCGUUGGAGAAGGCGUUAAAGGAUAUCCUGGAACGAAGGCAGGAAUUGGUCAAUGCCUUGAGCCGAAUCGCAGAUUCGGAUGACACUCUUGCCGCUUCCAAACUACAGCAAUUACACAGACAUAAAGAGAUACUUAAUGACCAUAAACGUGAUUUUGGCCGCAUUCAGGAGUCAAUUCAACAGGAGCGGAACAAACUAAACCUUCUAUUCUCUGUUAGGUCUGACAUACAGGAGCACAAGAAACGCUCUCACACAAGCAACGUCGAUAGCCUGAAUGAAGAAGAGUACAUGAGACAAGAGCGCAAUCGGGUGGAUAAUGUUAACUCGUUUGCUGACAGAUUACUAUCACAGGCGUACGAAACUCGGGACGAAUUUUCUAGACAACGACACAUUUUGAACAAUGCUGCGUCCAGAAUUUCUGAAUCAGUAUCGCAAAUGCCCGGCAUCAACGUCAUCGUCUCAAAAAUCAACACUCGGAGAAAAAGGGACUCGCUAAUCAUAGCUGGCUUGAUCACGAUGUGUAUAAUAUUACUAUGGCUUUCUUUGUGA